AUGAAGAGUUUUGGUGGCUUCAAUGUUUUCCCGCUGCUGGCGUUGGCCGGAUUCGCGAUCGGGGCGACCAAUUCAUCGUCUUCUGAAGGAAAAUCAGUCCCUCUCGACCUCUCGGCAUUGUUCAACAACAAAGCCUUCGGUACCAAGCCUGGCGAAGCGUCCUUCGAUGCCCUGAACCAAUCCUUCCCUGAGCCCUCCGUCGGGCCCGACUUCACCUCCACCGACACGGGCGUCGCGUACAGCUUCCCCGGAUACACCGGGCCAACCGACCCGGACAACCUGAUCUGCACCGGCCAGAAGAUCACCGUCCCGACGGCUUCCUACUUCUCCGCCUCUUUCCUCGUCGCGGGAGAUGUUGAGGGCGCCACCGUCAGCGGGAACGUGUCGUUCACCUACUCCGACAACACCACGUCCGAGUUUGAACUCCGUACGCUCAACUGGUUCAGCUUCCUGACCAUCAACCGCGGCGAGAUCAUCUUCCCGAGCCGCUUCACCUCGAAUGGCUCCGACUUCAACUCGUCGCACAUCUUCGAGCGGACCACGGCUUUGCCGGCUGGGAAAACGCUGAGCUCUAUCACGCUGCCGAUAAAGAAUAACGCGACCGAGGGAAGACUGCACGUCUUUGCCAUCUCGCUGUGGCAGUCCUCCGAUGUCAGCGUACAAUCGGUGCGACCGACGCAGAAGUGGACCGGAAACGGGACACAGGUGGUCGAGGUCACCGUGAACAAUGCCGGAUCGAAGUGCGUAGCUGGCGCUGGCCUGAACGUCACUGUCUCUGGCGACGGAUUCACCACCGUGAGCGCUGGACAUCUCAAGCGUCUCUGCCCUGGCGACCAGAAGGUGGUCGUCGUCGGUGUGGAGGGCUCCUCAAGCGGGCCGACCACAGCCGUUGUCGAGAUCGGCGAUGGCACGUCGAAGAAGACCACCUCGGUUGAGGGUGUCGAGAUCGGCUUGACGGAGUGGACCUCUGACCUCGAGAGCCUGUCCAGGCACGAGAGUCCCGACUGGUUCGACGAGGCCAAGUACGGUAUCUUCAUCCACUGGGGGCCGUACUCAGUCACUGGCUGGGGCAAUUCGACUCCGUACGAGAGCUAUGCCGAGUGGUUCUGGUGGUACUCGACGCAUCAUCCCGAAGGCGACCGGUCCAACUUCUAUGGAUACCGCCUCGACACGUACGGCCCGGACUGGGCCUACGACGACACGUUUCCCGAGUUCAACGCAUCCAACUUCGAUGCCAAGGAAUGGGUCGACCUCUUUGCCGACGCGGGAGCCAAGUACUUUGUUAUCACGACCAAGCACCACGACGGCUUCGCCAUCUUCGACGCAGGCGAGACCUCCAACCGCUCCUCCAUACACUACGGCCCGAAGCGUGACCUCUUGAAGGAGCUUUUCGAUGCCGCAGAGACGUACCAGCCUUCCCUCAAGCGAGGCACAUACUUCUCCCUCCCGGAGUGGUUCAACCCAGACUUCGGGCCGUAUGGCUUCGUGCAGUUCCCGACUCCUUCAGCAGUCUCCUGGCCCGGCGUCCUCGCGUCGAACCCUUACACCGGGGAGAAAGAGCCGUACACCGGACACGUACCUGUCGGAGACUUCAUCGCCGACCUGAUGGUCCCACAGAUGGAGACGCUCGCGUACGACUACGGCACCGACAUCAUGUGGUGCGACUGCGGCGCGGCCAACGGCACAGCAGGCUUCGCGGCGGAGUGGUGGAACAAGGCGCGCGCAGAAGGCCGCCAGGUCGCCAUCAACUCGCGGUGCGGCAUCGCCGAGGCAGCGGACUUUGACACGCCCGAGUACCAGACCUUCGCGUCCGCGCAGCGACGCAAGUGGGAGUCGAACCGGGGCAUGGACCCCUACUCGUACGGAUACAACCGCGCGACGAAGCCCGAGGAGUACAUGAACGCGACCACGAUCGUGUACUCGCUCGUCGACAUGGUGUCGAAGAAUGGCAACUUCCUGCUGGAUAUCGGGCCCAGGGCGGACGGCACCAUCGUGCAGGCCGAGAUGGACAACCUGCGUGAGGCAGGGAAGUGGGUCAAGGCCCACGAGGAGGCGAUUUUCAACACGACGUACUGGUUCGUGCAGAGCGAAAUUGUCGGAGGUCCGGACGUGAGGUUCACGCAGACGGAGGACGCGUUUUACACCAUUUUCUUGGAGAAGCCCGUGGGCGUCGACGGGUGGGUCUCCAUCAGCGCGCCGAUCCCCAUUGUCGAGGGCGACAUUGUGAGUCUGCUUGGCGUCGAGGGCGGCGACAAAUUGGAGUGGGAGACUUCGGGUGUUGGCGAUGACAAGGUGUUGAAGGUGAAGGUUGAUGAAGCGCUCAUUGACGCGGACCAGUUUGGCUGGGUCUUCAAGGUGUUGUAUGUGUAA